AUGUUUGAGGUUAUUUUACAUCCAAAUUUACCAUAUUUAAUUGGUAUUGAACAAUCAGUUAUUUCAGAAAAGUUUCAUAUACCUAUAACGUAUACACGUAAACCAAAAAAUCAAGUUGGAGCAAUUGAUUGGUGGAAACAAUCAGCUAAAGAUAUUAUAUGUUGUUGGUAUGCAUUACAAGGAAGUUCUAUAAAUUUAUAUACUGAAUUGGAUUUAUCUAAUAUAAAAGUAGAUGAUGAAAAAAAGCAUGUAGAUGAUUCGUUGAUUGCCCACUUUCGUCUAACUGAAUGUCCUUUGUUGGUGCCAGACGGGGAUUUCUUGUCCAAAAAUAAUAAUGAUAAUAAUGAUUGUAAUUAUGACGACGAUGAUGAUAGGGAAAACAUUAAUGUAUGCUAUGCAAACUAUGAUCCUAAGACAAUGAAUUAUCUUAAUGAAGCUUCAAUUCUUCUCAACCAGCCUUAUUCAUCUUCCUUACCACCUGGAAGUGUUGUCUACUUACGUUCACAGAUUGAUUCAAAGCAUCCGCUUAUACCAUAUGCUUUUAUAGCUUGUAAACCGAAUAAUAUUGGCAAACAACAAAUACAAGAAGAAGAAGACGACGAGUAUUCCAAAGUAUCAUGGAUAGCUGUUAAAAGUUUUUUAGUUAAAUGGCCAAGUUCAUCUAGCGGUCGACAUUUAACAGCUAUUGAUGUAUAUAAUGGAUAUUUUAUUAAUUAUACAGAAAUGAUGUCAAAAUUACCAUUUAUUGUUGUCAAGGAAAAACAUUUAGGUGUACGUUAUUUUGGACAAUUUCAGUGCCUAUCAUCCUCUUCAUUGACUUUUUCAAUUGCAUCAUUCAUCAAUAAUUGUACAGAGUGUAGUAAUACUAGUAGCCAGAGCAGUAAGAACACUGUAUUGAAUCCCUGGACAAAAUUAACCCCGUCUAUACUACCGAAUAAUUUACAAUUAUCUAGUAAUAUAUCAAAUAUUGUACACAACGUAAGUAAUAAAUAG